ACCCAUUUCUGACAACCCGUGUACCCCAGCAAGUUGCCUUCCCCUAUUCUCUGUAUUUAAUGCUCUAGUUUCCUUAAAGCAGCUUUUUUGGGGGAGGGAAAGUGAUGGAGAAAGGUACCCAGUAUGAAUCCUGUGGUGGAGUUGCACUGGUAACUCAGCUUUCAGGGCAGCAUCAACCACAGACCCUCCCGCUCUGGAGUGGGCUCUGGGUGGGUGAUGUUGUUCGAAAUAACCCCGGGUCGAGGACAGGGAUUAACAUAUUCCCUAACUAUCUUCCUCAGUCAGCGGAAGAUAAAAUGCUGGUCCCUUCUGAGUCAUGAAAAUCCCCGUGCUGAUUUGAUGAGAGGGGACAGCGGGGAGGGGAGAUGCCCUGCCUGGCUCGGUCCCCGCCAGGACUCGCCUCUGACAUCAGCACGAAACCGGCCAUAAAAACAGCGACCGGAGGGGCCUCCCGCUCAGACAGUAGCCACUUGGCUCAGCAGGACGGCAGCCGGGCACCUCGCCUCGCCACGCCACGCCGCAUCGGAGGCCGUCGUGUUUGUGGCGUGAAGUGCCGGGGACCAGGAGACUUCGGAGCUGAGCCACUGCGGCCGCAAAGUGCUGGGGAUGAAGCUGGGGGCCACCUGCCUCCUGUGCCUGCUGCUCGCCUGCCUGACCUUGCCCGUCGCCCACGGCCGCAUCCUCGAGCGCUCCAUGGAAAUCAGGAGUAAGGAGAACAUGAACCCAGACAUCGACCCCUCCUGGUACACGGGACGCGGGAUCAGGCCGGUGGGGAGGUUUGGGAGGCGGCAAACCCUGGGCGAGGGCACCCACCCCAUGGGGGGCCGGCAGCGACCCUGUGCAGCCCCCCACCCUCCCCGGGAGGAGCGGAACCCUUGAACUGAAGCUGACAA